AUGGAACAAAUAGGCGAAGACCUCUUCGGCUCAGCCUUCAACGAAUGGCCCAUCCUCCUGCGCCCAAUAUGGGUAACCAUGAUCCUCGUCAUCGGUGGUAUCAAGCUAUUCUACUACUUUCUGCUACCAGCCGCAGCCGCUAUUAUCAUCCUACUUUUGGCGGUUGUGAUAGUGGGCGCUUCGGUUGGGUUUCUUGUUAGAGGCAGACAGCUGAGUGCCAAUGAAGAUCAGACGAAAAGGAAACGAGAUGAUGAUGAGACUCGGCCCUGGCGCCGUGUGCAACGCCGGCUUGAGGCUGGGGAGUUGAAAUGA